CUCCAACCUUACUGUUUAUUUUUAAUGAACAUCUUCCAUUUUCCCUUGCAUAGUGUUUGUUGAAGUCCAACCGAACCAGCAAAACCUCUGUAUCCGGAUGAAACUCACUGACUGGACGUUGUUCUGUUCACAGUCUGUGUCUGUUUUACGCCUGAUUUCUCUGUGAUUAGCUCAGUGAUGCUAAAGUUAGCUUAGCUCGCUAACUGCUAAAAUACAUGCCACUGUGUGAUGGAGACGAACUGUUUCUGACGGAGUUUAUGUGAAGAAAAAGUGAAAUAUGUCCCAGAAAGUGCAGAUUUUGAGGUCACUGGUGGAGCAGAGACUAACUGCAGCUGCUGAAGAGAUAUUUGGGCUGUUUGAAAGAACCAUAGUAGAGUACGAGGAGGAACUUUGUCGAACUAAAGAAGAAAACCAGAGACAAAGACAAAUACUGGACUGUGUUUGGAAUCCGAGAGUCCUGAUACACAAAACAGACGUCCAGCAGCUGUUGGUGGUUAAAGAAGAAGUUCCUCCUGAGCAGCAGGAGUGGAAUCCCAUUGUGGACCAGGACGAACCAGAACUAGAACCCCCACACAUUAUAGAGGAACAAGAGGAACUGUGGACCAGCCAGGAAGUGAACAUCACCAAGUUUCCAUUCACUCCUGUCCCUGUGAAGAGUAAAGAUGGUAAUGAGAAAGUUAAGUCCUCACAGCUUAAUCACACACAAAUUGAUGAGACUAUGGUGGCAUCAAGUGAACUGGAUUGUGGAGGAUCAGAACCAUCCUGCAGCUCCUAUCCACAUAAAUAUUUACAAACAAAAACCGAUGAGCAGAAUGAAGACUCUGAGGAAUCAGAGGACAGGGAUGAAGACCAGACCCUGAACCACAAACCUGAGUCAAAGCUUCCAACAAACAGCUCGAAUGAACAGACGGAAACAGAAACUGAUGGAGACAAUGGUGGAGGAUCAGAGCCAGACAUGAACCUGGUCCACAUGGAGAGUGUAAAGGGAAGAACCGUUGACAGUAAGAGUUUCCUGGAGGAACACAUGGACACUCCCACAGGACAGAAACGGGUUGGUUCUUCUGAAUGUGAAGCAACAUUUUCUAAGAAGAAAAACACGACACAGGAAACCAACUCACCCAGAGACAUGAUGACAAAUAAUGACCCGACUCCAGGUGUUGUGGGACGUGAAAAGAAAGUAUACCGGUGCUCUGUGUGCUUGAAAACAUACUGCCAGAAGUCGUAUUUAGAAAUUCACAAGAGAACCCACACGGGAGAGAAGCCAUUUAGUUGUUCAGUUUGUGGAAGCAGAUUCACACACAAGUCAAGUUUACACAGUCACAUGACAUCCCACACAGGAGAAAAACCAUUCAAAUGUUCACUGUGUCACAAAUGUUUUGGACACAGGACUAACCUCAGGAGACACAUGACAUCCCACACAGGAGAAAAACCUUUCAUAUGUUCACUGUGUCACAAAGGUUUUUCGCAUGGGACUAACCUCAGGAGACACAUGGCGACCCACACGGGAGAAAAACCAUUCAAGUGUUCACAGUGUAACAAAUGCUUUGUUGAAAAGGACGUUCAGCAGCUGUUGGUGGUUAAAGAAGAGGUUCUUCCUGAGCAGCAGGAGUGGAAUCCCAUUGUGGACCAGAAGGAACCAGAACCAGAUCCCCCACACAUUAAAGAGGAACAGGAGGAACUGUGGACCAGCCAGGAAGUGAAUAUCACCAAGUUCCCAUCCACUCCUGUCCCUGUGAAGAGUGAAGAUGAGGAGAAAGUUAAAUCCUCACAGCUUAAUCACACACAAACUGAUUAUACUAUGGUGGCAUCAAGUAAACUGGACUGUGAAGGAUCAGAACCGACCAGCAGCUUCUAUCUACAAAGACAUUUACAAACAAAUACCAAUGAGCAGAAUGAAGACUCUGAGGAAACCGAGGACAGCGAUGAAGACCAGACCCUGAACCACAAACCUGAGUCUAAGCUUCCAACAAACAGCUCAACUGAACAGAUGGAAACAGAAACUGAUGGAGAUGACGGUGGAGGAUCAGAGCCAGACAUAAACCUGGUCCACAUGGAGAGUGUAAAGGGAAGAAACUUUGACAGUAAGAGUUUACUGGGGGAACACAUGGACACUCACACAGGACAGAAACUGGUUGGUUCUUCCGAAUGUGAAGCAACAUUUUGUCAGAAGAAAAACACGACACAGGAAAUAAACUCACCCAGAGACAUGAUGAUGAAAAAUGACAUGAUUUCAAGUGAUAUGGGAUGUGAAAAGAAACUACACCACUGCUCUGUGUGUUCGAAAACAUUUUCUCGAAAAUCACAUUUAGAAAUCCACAUGAGAAUCCACACUGGAGAGAAGCCAUUUUGUUGUUCAAUUUGUGAAAGCAGAUUCACACAGAAGUCAAGUUUACACAGUCACAUGAAGUCCCACACAGGAGAAAAACCAUUCAAAUGUUCAGUGUGUCACAAAUGUUUUAGAGACAGACGCGAGGUCAGGAGACACAUGACUAUCCACACUGGUGAGAAACCAUUCAAAUGUCCACUAUGUCAUAAAUGUUAUGGAGACAGACGUGAGGUCAGGAGACACAUGAGAAUCCACAGUGGUGAGAAACCAUUCAGUUGUUCACUGUGUCACAAAUGUUUUAUAAACCGAAGUGAGGUCAGGAGACACAUGAAAAUCCACACAGGGGAGAAACCAUUCAGCUGUUCAGAAUGCAGUAGAAGCUUUACUCAUGGGACAAGUUUGAAAAAUCACAUGAGAGUCCACACAGGAGAGAGACCUUUCAGCUGUGCAGUUUGUCAGAAACGCUUCACACGUAAAUGUCAUCUUCAGACACAUAUGAAGAUCCACACGAGAGAAUAGAGAGAAUGAAACAUUCACAGGAAUCAGACCAACAUAGACUAAGGGCAUUUUCACGCAGCAUACUCGAGUCCGUAGUGUACUUGGAUACGUUCACACCUUUCCCGCACAUGUUGCAUUCACUCAUGUGCACUGUGGCCCCAUGCCUGAGUACAAAUGGAUGUUACAGGGCCGAAACAGUAGGUGGUGGUGUGGAAAGAAUUCUGUCGAUAUCCUACGAAUACGGAAGUCAGAAGAAGACAAACCCUUACCUAUCUGUUAGCCUUUUUGAAGCAAAGUGAAGCAGAGUGACCUUUGUUGUCCCUGAUAUAUCACAGAGUGGUUUGGUUGACAAGGUGAGCCCAUGCCAUGCGGAUCCGAGGCUUUUUCAGGAGACAACAGCAGCGUCUCCAUGGAACGGUUGCAUUCAUAUGGAUAAAAUUAAGCGGACUUGGGGGGUCCAGCGUACUCGGAUACAGACUCGAGUAUGCUGUGUGAAAACACCCUGAAGAACAUGAAGAAGAAUGAUACAUUAACAUUUUAGAGGAAAAUCUGCAUAAAUAAUUUUAACUGAUUCAUUUUUCCUAAGUUUAUUUUUCUUAAUUAUUUUCUCAAUGGUGCCAUUUUUUAAUUAAAUGAAUGUAAUUACAUCCUUUGUCUAUUCUCUUCUUUUUGUAAUUCGAAGACUUUUUUUGUUUUUUUUUUCACUGAGAUCAGCAGUGGUAGAGUCAGACUAACAGGAACCAAAUUAUCACAACAGCUGAGAACUCGAGGUGAAAGAGGUUAAAACAAGACAAUAAAAAUAUUUGUUGAUAGUUUCCACCAUGUCCUUCACAAACUUACCUAGAAAUCACAUUCAUGUGUGAAAUCCACCUUUAACUCUGUAAUAAACAGAAUUGUUGAAAGUCAUGUGUCACUCAAAGUAAUAAACACAUAACUUUUAAAUCUACAUAACUGAACAUCAGACUCAAUGUAAUGAAUCAGUAAAUGUGGAACUGAACACAGGACAAAAAAACAGCUUUUUGUCUUUUACAG